UUUAACAUAUGUGUAGUUGUUUGUUUAUUUAUUUUUCUUGGUCCAUUCCUAUAAAAAAUGUUCAAAAUCCCAUUAAUACCCCUUUUAAUAAUCCUCUAUUCAGCAACUCUGAUCUCCUCCGAUUGUGGAUGCAGCCUAAACCGUAACGGUCAGUGCAAAGACUCAGAAAAGUGCCCCUCUACAGAAGAUUCCAGUGAGAAUGAAAUAAACCAUCACAGCAAAAAGUACUCACAGAGUCUGAACCCUGAUAAAACCAGCGAAAUGGUUCUAAUUAAAAAAUCCACCUUUGAAAUGGGCACAAACAAGCCAGUAUUCCAAGCAGACUUUGAAGGCCCCUCUCGCAACAUUACAAUUGAAAAAGACUUUUAUUUGGACUUAUAUGAAGUCUCAAAUCGAAACUUUUACGAUUUCGUUAAGGAAACUGGCUACGAAACCGAAGCUGAAGGCUUUGGCGAUAGUUUCCUAUUUGAAAUGUCUUUGGCUGAAAGCGAAAGAGAUAAAUACCAAGAUAUUAGAGCGGCACAGGCACCGUGGUGGAUUAAAUUGAAAGGGGUUACCUGGAAGCACCCUGAAGGACCUGGAUCAACAAUUGAAGGUAGAAUGAAUCAUCCAGUUACUCACGUUUCAUGGAACGACGCUGUGGCUUAUUGUGAGCAUUUUGGCAAAAGGCUUCCAACAGAGGCUGAGUGGGAAAUGGCCUGUAGAGGAGGCUUAAAACAAAAAUUGUAUCCUUGGGGGAAUAAAUUGAAUCCCAAAGGACAACAUUGGACUAAUAUUUGGCAAGGCGAAUUUCCCAAAGUCAAUACACUUGAAGACGGUUUUAUUUUCACUUGUCCUGUAGACAAAUUUCCUCCAAAUAAGUUUGGUUUGUAUAAUAUGGUUGGGAAUGUAUGGGAAUGGGUACAAGAUGGCUGGCAAAGUGAUCCAGAGAAUUCUAAAGUAAAAAAAGGAGGAUCUUUCCUGUGCCAUGAAUCCUACUGUUGGAGGUACAGAUGCGCAGCCAGAUCUUUUAAUACAAAAGACAGUUCAGCAGGGAAUUUAGGAUUUAGAUGUGCAGCAAAUAUUAGCUAGUCAAUAUGAUAAUAAUGAUAACUGUGAUUUAAAAUACUGAUUGUUUAUAGUAUAGGUAUAAUUUACCCAAACUAUGUAAUUUUAAAACAGAUCUGAACAUGUAAGAAGCAAACUAGUCUUUUUUUCAAGCAUUCCACAGUUCCUCAUGACCAACAAUUUCAUUUUAUAUUGUUUUUCCCGAGAAGUGGUUAACUUCUUAAAAUAUGUACACAGAUUUUAAAUCUUCAUUGAUUUUGUAGGAUUUUGAGGACUUUGAAAAUCUUCACAUGAUUUCAAAAGAUUUUAGGUGGUUUUGGAGUAUUUUAGGGAAGUUAGAAAGGUUUUUAGAGAUCCUAAAGAAUUUUUAGAGAUUUUAACGGAGUUUUGGGGAUUCCAAAGGAUUUUUGGAAAUGUUAAAGCAAUUUUUCUAUUAAGGAUUUUAUAGGAUUUUGUCAAAUUUUUUUUGUUCUAAUAAAAUUUUGUUACAUUUUUAAAGAUUUUAAAAAUGUUCAGGCAUUUCAAGUAGAUCUUAUGAGUUUUUCUGGGAUUUUGAUCAACUUGUAUACAAAUUUUUAUCAAUUAACCGCUUGAAGUUCAGUUAACUCCAUAAAAUGUGCACAUAAUAAUUAAAUCUUUAUUGGUUUUGUAGGACUUUGAGGAUUUUGGAAAUCUUCACGUGAUUUUACAGGAUUUUAAAAUAUUUUAGAUUUAUGAGAUUUGGUUUUUAUGGCGUUUUUUACCAAUUAAUUUAGGAGAGUCUUAACGAUAAGUAUUUUUAA